AUGGGAAACCAGCUCGGCUCCGUCCAGCCCGACUACAACAACCUCCCAGAGCUGCAGCAGCUCGCCUUUGUCGAGCGGCUCGGCGGCGGCCGCUUCCUAAAGACGCUCAAGUAUGCGAUGAGCGUUGGCGGGAGCGGCGCGCCGGCGCAGCUGCUCGCCGUCAAGGUGUACUUCAAGCGCACCCCGAAUGAGAAGCUGGCGCCGUACCUCGAGAUGCUCACCGAGGUGCGCGCGCGCCUCUCCGCCGAGGCGGCGCCCAACGUGAUGCCGUUCCGGUGGUUCCGCGAGACGACCCACGUCGCCUACCUGGCGCGCCAGUACCUGCACUCGACGCUGCUCGAGCGCGCGGCGACGCCUCCGUUCCUGAGCCACGACGAGAAGCUGUGGGUCGCCUUCCAGCUCCUCUCCGCCCUCUCGCAGUGCCACGCCGCCGGAGUCGUGCACGGAGACAUCAAGGGCGAGAAUGUGCUGCUCACCUCCGGCCACUGGGUGUUGCUCACCGACCUGGGCAACUUCAAGCCGGCGCUGCUGCCGGUCGACGACCCGGCGGACUUCUCCUUCUACUUUGACGGCGGAGGCACGCGCCGCUCGUGCUACCUGGCGCCGGAGCGCUUCGCCGAGGCACCGCUCGCGUCUCAUCCCGCGGCCCAGGCUGGCGUGCUCUGCAGCGGGCGGGCUGUGACUGAGUCGAUGACGAGCGAGGGCGCGGGCGAGCUGCGCGCGCUGCUGCAGCGCGUCUCUCCGCCGCCGCUCGCCGACACGCUCCUCCGGAUGGUUGCUCUCUCGCCGGAGGAGCGGCCGACGGCGGCAGAGUGCCUCUCGAGUCUGCGCGGCUGUGUGCUGCCAGAGGCGUUCUACUCGUUCGCGCACGGCUUCUUCGGCCAGCUCCGCCUGCUUGACCACGAGAGGCAGGCCGCCGAGGUCUGCGACCAGUACGCGUCCCUCAUCGCCCGCCUCGGGCCAAAGGGGACGCG